CUGAGAAUUACCCCAUUGAGCCCUGUUGUCUUUGGCAGGGGGCAAGUACUCUGCCAAGUUGUGAGCCUGUGACUUAUGGUAGUCGCACUCGGCUGGCUCGCGUCCUCCACGAGCUCCCCCUUCCCGGAGUUCCAGAACCAAAAGGGAAGAGGUGCAGGCAGUGCUCGAGAAGAACCGUGGAUUGAUCACCUUGUCCAGAGUGGCCAAGAACUCAGAUCUGGCCCUGUCCAGAGGGAGGCCUGGAGACUUGUGGCAGAGAUCAGAUGAUUCUGGCUGUGCCAGGAAGGGGCCAUGACCAUGUAGACGCCAGCCCUGGGGAGUAGCAGCAUGGGCAGCGCUGGAUGGGGACGCCUGGGUCUGCAGUCUUGAGACCCACCACAACUGACCUUCGAACUGGGAUCCCUGUGUGUUGAGGUGUUCCUUUCCGAGCUUGCCACAGCCGCCGCCACACUGGCCCGUCUCCAUUUUCUCCCUUGGAAUUGGAGCUGACUGCUCAGAGUUGCUAAAGUUGCUUCCUUCCCAAAAGCUGUGUAGACUUACAGCUCUAAUUGGGAACCUGCUUCUUUCUUCCCCUACCUAAAAUAAAUAGAUAAGUAAGAAAAUAAUAAUAACCCUUGGAUCUGCCCAAAGUGGAGCAAGAACCUCAGCAAAAAUGGGAGACAUGACCAACAGCGAUUUUUACUCCAAGAACCAAAGAAAUGAGGCCAACCAUGCAGGAGAGUUUGGGUGUACGAUGGAGGAGCUCCGCUCCCUCAUGGAACUUCGGGGGACAGAGGCUGUGGUCAAAAUCAAGGAGACCUAUGGGGACACUGAAGGGAUCUGUCGGCGUUUGAAGACCUCGCCUGUGGAAGGAUUACCGGGCACUGCUCCAGACCUAGAAAAAAGAAAGCAGAUUUUUGGGCAAAACUUUAUACCUCCAAAGAAGCCAAAAACGUUCUUACAGCUAGUCUGGGAAGCGCUACAGGACGUGACUCUUAUUAUCUUGGAAAUUGCAGCCAUCAUCUCUCUGGGACUUUCAUUUUAUCAUCCUCCUGGAGAGGGGAAUGAAGGGUGUGCAACAGCCCAGGCUGGGGCCGAAGAUGAAGGGGAGGCAGAAGCUGGCUGGAUUGAAGGGGCCGCCAUACUUCUCUCAGUUAUCUGUGUUGUUCUUGUCACUGCCUUUAAUGACUGGAGCAAAGAGAAGCAAUUCCGGGGUCUGCAGAGCCGAAUUGAACAGGAGCAGAAGUUUACCGUGGUCCGGGGAGCGCAGGUGAUCCAGAUUCCAGUGGCAGAGAUCGUGGUUGGUGACAUUGCCCAGGUAAAAUACGGGGACCUACUUCCUGCCGAUGGGAUCUUCAUUCAAGGCAACGACCUUAAGAUUGAUGAAAGCUCUUUAACUGGAGAGUCUGACCAGGUCCGGAAAUCAGUGGACAAGGACCCCAUGCUACUUUCAGGGACACAUGUGAUGGAGGGCUCUGGCAGGAUGCUGGUCACCGCUGUGGGAGUGAACUCUCAGACUGGCAUCAUCUUCACCUUGCUGGGGGCUGGUGGUGAAGAGGAAGAAAAGAAAGACAAGAAAGGUGUGACCAAAGUGGAUGGCCUUCAGCUUCCAGCUACAGAUGGUGCAGCAGGUGCAAAUACCACCGAUAAUGCAAAUUCCAGCUUAGUCAAUGGUAAAAUGCAGGAUGGCAAUAUGGACACCAGCCAGAGCAAAGCCAAACAGCAGGAUGGGGCAGCGGCCAUGGAGAUGCAGCCUCUGAAGAGUGCCGAGGGGGGAGAUGGAGAUGACAAGAAGAAGGCCAACAUGCACAAGAAGGAGAAAUCAGUCCUACAGGGGAAGCUCACCAAGCUGGCUGUGCAGAUAGGCAAAGCAGGCCUUGUAAUGUCUGCCAUUACGGUGAUUAUCCUGGUGCUCUACUUCACCGUGGACACUUUUGUGGUGAACAAGAAACCUUGGCUGCCUGAAUGUACUCCGGUCUAUGUGCAAUACUUUGUCAAGUUCUUCAUUAUCGGGGUGACUGUGCUAGUGGUUGCUGUACCUGAAGGGCUCCCCCUUGCUGUCACCAUCUCUUUGGCUUACUCUGUGAAGAAAAUGAUGAAGGACAACAACCUUGUACGCCACUUGGACGCCUGUGAGACAAUGGGCAAUGCAACAGCUAUCUGCUCUGACAAGACGGGGACACUGACCACCAACCGGAUGACUGUUGUGCAGGCGUAUGUUGGGGAUGUCCACUACAAGGAGAUUCCAGAACCCAGCGUGAUCAACUCCCAAACCCUGGAGCUGCUGGUGAAUGCCAUCGCCAUCAACAGUGCUUAUACCACAAAGAUUCUGCCACCAGAGAAGGAAGGUGCCCUGCCCCGUCAGGUGGGCAACAAGACUGAGUGUGGCUUGCUGGGGUUUGUCCUGGACCUGAAGCAAGAUUAUGAACCUGUGAGGAGCCAAAUGCCUGAGGAGAAGCUGUACAAGGUGUAUACCUUUAAUUCCGUCAGGAAGUCCAUGAGCACAGUGAUUAAGAUGCCCGAUGAAAGCUUUCGCAUGUAUAGCAAAGGGGCAUCAGAAAUUGUCCUGAAAAAAUGCUGCAAAAUCCUCAGCCCAGCUGGUGAGGCACGAGUCUUCCGACCCCGAGACCGAGAUGAGAUGGUAAAGAAGGUGAUUGAGCCUAUGGCAUGCGAUGGCCUCCGAACCAUCUGCAUAGCUUAUCGAGAUUUCCCAAGUAGCCCAGAGCCUGACUGGGAAAAUGAGAAUGAUAUCCUCAAUGAUUUGACCUGCAUCUGUGUGGUGGGCAUAGAAGACCCUGUGAGGCCAGAGGUCCCAGAAGCCAUAAGGAAGUGCCAACGAGCAGGAAUCACCGUCCGCAUGGUCACUGGGGACAAUAUCAACACUGCCCGGGCCAUUGCCAUCAAGUGUGGCAUCAUCCACCCUGGGGAAGACUUCCUCUGCAUUGAGGGGAAGGAGUUCAACCGGCGAAUCAGGAAUGAGAAAGGAGAGAUUGAACAGGAACGAAUAGACAAAAUCUGGCCCAAACUGCGGGUCCUCGCUCGCUCCUCCCCCACAGACAAACACACUCUGGUCAAAGGCAUCAUCGACAGUACCCACACGGAGCAGAGACAGGUCGUGGCCGUGACUGGGGAUGGGACUAAUGAUGGACCAGCCCUGAAGAAGGCAGACGUUGGCUUUGCCAUGGGAAUUGCUGGUACUGAUGUUGCCAAGGAAGCUUCGGACAUCAUUCUGACAGAUGACAACUUCAGCAGCAUUGUCAAGGCGGUGAUGUGGGGCCGCAAUGUUUAUGACAGCAUCUCCAAGUUCCUGCAAUUCCAGUUAACAGUCAAUGUGGUAGCUGUCAUUGUGGCUUUCACGGGUGCUUGCAUCACACAGGACUCUCCCCUAAAAGCUGUACAGAUGUUGUGGGUGAAUCUCAUCAUGGAUACCUUUGCCUCCCUGGCCCUGGCCACAGAGCCACCCACAGAGUCCCUUCUGCUGCGUAAGCCAUACGGCCGCAACAAGCCACUCAUCUCCCGCACCAUGAUGAAGAAUAUCCUAGGCCAUGCAGUCUACCAGCUCACACUCAUCUUCACCCUGCUCUUUGUUGGAGAGAAAAUGUUCAUGAUUGACAGUGGACGCAAUGCCCCCCUCCACUCUCCUCCCUCUGAGCACUAUACCAUCAUCUUCAAUACCUUUGUCAUGAUGCAACUGUUCAAUGAAAUCAACGCCCGGAAAAUCCACGGGGAGCGGAAUGUGUUUGAUGGCAUCUUCAGGAACCCCAUCUUCUGCACAAUUGUCUUGGGCACCUUCGCCAUUCAGAUAGUCAUUGUGCAGUUCGGGGGGAAGCCAUUCAGCUGUUCUCCUCUCCAGCUUGACCAGUGGAUGUGGUGUAUAUUCAUUGGACUAGGAGAGCUUGUCUGGGGUCAGGUCAUUGCCACAAUCCCAACCAGCAGGCUCAAGUUCCUGAAGGAGGCAGGACGGCUCACGCAGAAAGAGGAGAUCCCUGAGGAAGAACUCAAUGAGGACGUGGAGGAGAUUGAUCAUGCUGAGAGAGAACUUCGACGUGGACAGAUCCUGUGGUUCCGUGGCCUAAAUAGAAUCCAAACUCAGAUUGAAGUAGUCAAUACUUUCAAGAGUGGCGCUUCCUUUCAGGGGGCUCUCAGGAGACAGUCCUCCGUCACAAGCCAGAGCCAGGAUGUAACCAAUCUUUCUAGCCCUAGCCACGUAUCGUUAUCCAAUGUUCUUUCCUCUCCUACCAGCACACCUCCUGCUGCAGCUGGGCGUGAAGGGCUAGAGAACCCUGGACUGAGAGUUCAGCAAGAGAGAGUGAAAUUAAAAGAGAUCCGCGUCGUGAAGGCAUUCCGUAGCUCUCUCUAUGAAGGUUUAGAAAAACCUGAAUCUAGAACCUCCAUCCAUAACUUCAUGACACAUCCUGAAUUUAGGAUAGAAGACUCACAGCCCCACAUCCCCCUCAUUGAUGACACUGACCUGGAAGAAGAUGCCGCUCUCAAGCAAAAUUCGAGCCCGCCGUCGUCAUUGAACAAGAACAACAGUGCAAUCGAUAGCGGGAUCAAUCUGACCACUGACACGAGCAAAUCAGCUACCUCUUCGAGCCCAGGGAGUCCUAUACACAGCCUGGAGACAUCGCUUUAGCGGGAAACAUUCACAUCUCAAAAAACGAAACAAAACAAAAUAUACAAAACAAAACAAAAAAACCACAAAACACAAA